UCUUCUACUCUCCUCCACCACCACCACCUAUCCCUUCUCUUCUCUCUUUAUAUAUGCUUGGACCAGAAACACAACGAGCCAGGCCUUUGCACUACUAGUUUGCCAUCGCACUGCACUCGUUGCGAUCGCUUUACAAGCUCCAGAUUCCUCCUGAUAAAGUUUUGGUGCUAUGGAUUGCCUGCAGGACUGGCCCGAGCCGGUUGUUCCGGUCCAGUCCCUGUCGGAGAGCGGCGCCACUGCCAUCCCCGGCCGGUACAUCAAGCCGCCAUCCGAGCGCCCUUCCUCGGCCUCCGCCGCUUUCCAAAAUAUCCUCGCCAUCCCGGUCGUCGACCUCGGCAGGCUGUCGGAGGGGGCGCCCGAGUGCCGCGCCACCAUGCGGGCGAUCUCCGACGCUUGCCGGGACUGGGGGUUCUUCCAGGUGGUGAACCAUGGGGUUAGCCAUGAGCUCAUGGAAAGGAUCCGGGAGCUGUGGCGAGGGUUCUUCCACCUCCCCAUGGAGGCCAAGAAGUCCUACGCCAACUCCCCGAGGACCUACGAGGGUUACGGCAGCCGCCUCGGUGUCCAGAAGGAAGCCAUUCUGGAUUGGGGUGACUACUACUUCCUCCAGUACCUUCCUCCAUCCGCGAAGGACCAUGACAAAUGGCCUAGCCUGCCAACUCUCAUCAGGGAUACUACAGAAGAGUAUGGCAGUGAGAUGGCGAAGUUGUGUGGGAUAUUGAUGAAAGUUUUGUCCGUAAGUCUGGGUUUGGACGUGGAGUUUCUCCACAAGGCAUUUGGGGGGGAUGAUGUGGGGGCGUGCCUUAGGGUGAAUUAUUACCCUAAGUGCCCACAGCCGGACCUCACCCUCGGCAUCUCCGCGCACUCUGAUCCUGGAGUGCUGACGGUGCUGCUCGCCGACGAUCAGGUCAAGGGUCUCCAGGUACGAAAGGGUGACGCAUGGAUCACCGUCCAUCCCGUCCCCCAUGCAUUCAUCAUCAUAAUUGGUGAUCAAAUUCAGGUGGUGAGCAAUGCAACGUACAAGAGUGUGGAGCACCGGGCGGUGGUGAAUGCGGCGGAGGAGCGGCUGUCCCUCGCCUUCUUCUGCAACCCCAAGAGCGACUUGCCGCUGGGUCCGGCUCGCGAGCUCGUCACCCCUAACCGACCUCCACUCUAUCAGCCCAUGACCUACAAUGAGUAUCGGCUAUACGUAAGGAAGAAUGGCCCCAGGGGCAAAACGCAGGUCGAGUCAUUGAAGGCCAUGUAACCAUGCAUGCCAUCAAAAUCCUUCUGAAUUGAUGCUUCUCAUCCCAUGCACGCUGACUAGCAAUACUGGGUGUCGACUUGUAUCUAUUUGACGUAUUUGUACAUCGUAGUACAUGUAUCCACUCAAGCUUGAUCGAUCGAUGUUUAAGAAGUAAACAAUGGGCUCUUCUCAAAAGUAUAUAAAUAAACAGUGGGAUCUAUGUAUUAACAUACAAGCUGCGCACGUGUUUAUUUCAGUACAUAUGUUUGGUGAGGAAGAUGUAGGAGCACUGGGCAAUAAAAUGGUAUAUCACUAGCUACGUGUAUCUUAACGUAU